AUGUCUGCUCGUGUAGAGUCUGUGAUCAAGACUUCUAUCAGGAUUGGUAGGCUCGCGCGCCUGUAUACCAGCGGGUCGCCUAUGAAUCUCGCAUCUACAACGCGUGACAACACAUUUGGCAACGGUGCAGAAUGUGGAGACCCUGCGCACCUUAAACUUGAACCGGUGGGAUCACAAGCAAAAGCCAUGCUCAAGGAUCCAGUUCCUAAGCAAACGCGUUUGUUCGUGGAAGGACCUAUUGAGUGUCCCAUGGAGGGAUUCCAGCUCUUGAACUCGCCGCUUUUCAAUAAGGGUUCUGCGUUCACGCAGGAAGAAAGGGAGGCAUUUGGCCUCGAAGGCCUACUCCCCCCCAUGGUCAACACUCUAGAUGAACAAGUCGAGAGAGCAUACAAACAGUUGUGUUAUCUCAAAACGCCUCUUGCUAAAAAUGAUUUCAUGACAUCGAUGCGCGUUCAGAACAAAGUUUUGUACUUCGAGCUCGUAAGGCGCCAUAUUCGUGAACUUGUACCCAUCAUUUACACGCCCACGGAAGGUGAUGCUAUCGCUGCUUAUUCACAUCGGUUCCGUAAGCCAGAGGGUGUCUUUCUUGACAUUACUGAGCCUGACUCCAUUGAGCGCCGCUUAGCUGCCUAUGGUACAAGUAAAGAUGUUGACUACGUUGUUGUAAGUGACUCUGAGGGCAUUUUGGGUAUUGGCGACCAAGGCAUUGGUGGAAUUAGAAUUGCUAUAUCGAAAUUGGCCUUGAUGACAUUAUGUGCUGGAAUUCACCCUGGACGUGUUUUGCCAGUGUGCUUGGACGUCGGUACUAAUAACAAGAAGUUGGCACGCGACGAACUUUAUAUGGGUAACCGUUUCUCUAGAAUUAGAGGUGCGCAGUAUGAUGAAUUUGUUGACAAAUUCAUCAAGGCCCUCAAGAAAAGAUUCCCAUCUGCUGUUUUACAUUUCGAAGAUUUCGGUGUUACCACCGCUAGACCCUUGCUAGACCGUUACCGCGGGGAGUUAGCAUGCUUCAAUGACGAUAUUCAAGGUACAGGUGCGGUCGUCAUGGCAUCGCUGCUAGCCGCUCUCAAGCAUACAAAGAGAGAAUUGGCAGACGUAAAGGUGCUUGUUUAUGGUGCAGGUUCCGCUGGUUUAGGUAUUGCUGAUCAAAUUAAAAACCACAUGGUGACGUACGGUUUGACUGUCGAAGAGGCUCGUUCCAAGAUCUACUUGAUGGACAGACGCGGUUUGAUUAUGAAGUCUAUGGAGUCCUCUUCUUCUCCCGCUCAAUUUUUGUAUGCUAAACCAGACGAAAAGUGGAGUGGUGUCAACACAUCAUCUUUGUUAGAAGUCGUUAGCAAGGUCAAGCCUACUUGUCUCAUUGGCUGCUCGACCCAAGCGGGUGCUUUCAACAAAGCUGUUGUUCAAGAAAUGCACAAACACAACCCAAGGCCUAUCAUUUUCCCUCUAUCUAACCCAACAAGACUGCAUGAGGCGGUACCCGAAGAUCUGAUGAAGUGGACUAACUUUGAAGCCUUGGUGGCCACGGGGUCUCCCUUCCCACCCGUCGAAGGAUACCGAAUUUCUGAGAACAACAAUUGUUUCUCUUUCCCUGGUAUCGGCUUAGGAGCUGUUUUGUCUCGUGCCACUGCCAUAACUGACACAAUGAUAUCUGCCGCCGUUGAUCAACUUGCUGCGUUGUCACCUAUGACAGAGAAUGACUCUAAGCCUGGAUUGCUUCCUCCUCUGGAAGUAAUUAAUGACACUUCGUCGAAAGUUGCUACUGCAGUAAUCCUGCAGGCACUUAAGGAGGGAACAGCCCGCAUUGAAGAAGAAGACGUCCCUGGAUCCGAAGAGAAGGUCAAGGUCCCACGUGACUUUGAGUCAUGUCUGAAGUGGGUUACGAAGCAAAUGUGGAAACCAGAAUACAGGCCAAUGGUCAAAGUCCAGCAUGAUCCAAACGUGUUCACUCACCAGGUUUAA